AUGAAAAGAAAUGUUUCCGUUCAAGUUUAUGAUGACGAAGAAUAUACGAUAUUAAAUUUUGAAUUAAUUGCAUUAUUCAUGGGGAGAAUUGGAAUAAAUCAUAUUCUUGGUGCCUCUAGACAUGUUAUCACCUAA